AUGGGCCUGAGCGACCGACGUCCAAUUUUGCCUGCUCCAACAGACUCUUCAAUCGGCGCAGCCGACGAAGCACCACCAUCGCCGGAGCAAGACGUUGCAACUGACCUCUCGAGGCUCACCGAUCGUACCCACCACACCAUUCCAGACGACGGAACUCCUAUCACCAUCCCGACAUCACUGAAGCACCUUGGGAAAGGAAAUCCUGCGCAGCAAUCCCAAGCCUCGUUACUGAUCGAAUACUUCGAGAACAAUUCCGACCCCGAACGAAAACCUAGCAUAAGAGUAAGAGUUGCUCCUUCUGGAUCGAAGAAGCUGCAGCAGACGCCGACAGAGCACAUCUCGCUACCGGCCACGCUGCGACAUAACAGCAUUUCUUUACACCGACUGGGCUCAGACGACUCAGAAGGCUACAACAUGACGACACAGCGGUUGUCGAGGCCUUUCGAGCCGGAGUUUCAGCAACCAAGCGAGAUCUCGGUCCUGAGUGACUCACCGCCAACUCGAUUCAUGGCUCCAGAAUCUGAUGUAUCCUCAAUGCCAGCCGAUAGCAUGCUGGGUGUGUCCAACACAGCCAUCGAUGCGACAAGAUUGCGAACCUCCGGCAAAGAGAACCAAAAGCCAACGGAUCGCAACCCUAUCAGCGACCGGCUGCUUACCCAGAAAGUCAUUGAGAAAUUGGCGGCGAAGCCACGAUCAAGCGGGCUGAAGACUACGUCGGAGGGCCGACGAUCAUCUGCCAGCCACGAGAUCGAUGCAAGCCGGCCCCGGAGAAGAACAGCCAAACACAUCGAGGAUGACUCGAUCACAGGCUCGAGCAUGAUCAGCGGUUCAGCUGUCUCAGACAUGCCGAAAUCCAACGAUGGCCGAUCCGUUCGCUCCGGUCAAUCCCAAGUGUCCUCCACUAAUCCUAGACUCAUACAGACUGUCGAAAAUGCCAUUCGCAAACUGAUUAUACCUGAGUUGGAGAAAAUAAGAAGCGAACAAAAGCACGCGACGCAUCGAAAGCAUCGAAAGGAGUACCCGACAGAUCUGUCUGAGAGCAGCAUCUCUCGAGAAGAACUCUCACAGCGAAAGAGCUCUGGCAAGUCUAGGCGGCGGAGCAGCACUAAGGACGAGCACCGUGUAUCUUCCAGCUCCAGAAGACAUGAAAGAAGUCACAAAACUGUCGACGACACACCUUCCGAGCGGAGCUACGACAAAAGCGAAUCUAUCAGCAGCGUCAGUGUCGAAGAAGAUCUGAAAGCCCGAAAGUCACGGAAGAGCCACCGUGCCAGAGAUGCAGCAGCAGCAGGUCUUGCUGGAGCAGCUCUGACUGCGGCUGCGCUGAAGCAUCAUGAUUCAAGUUCGAGUGUGGAACAUCGCGAGCGACGAAAGAAGCGAAGCAAGAGCCGGAGUACACGGACUGAGAGCAUCGCCGAGGACGAAGAAGUCUUCUACAAGCAUAAUGUACCGCCGAUGCCAUUCCGCAGCGAGGUCGACUCGACCCUGACUCGCAGUUCACUGCUGUCUUCGAACACCGCUGGUACAAUGACUCCCACUCGUCGUGAUGUCCGGCGGGUUGCCCGUGGCUCUCCUGGCGAAUUACAGUCUCCUGUGUCAGACUCCCCAUCGCAAACACCAGUGGAGAAAGAUCUCCCACAGCCAGCUCAGAGUAUACAGACGGGGCUCGGCACGCAUCACGGGAACUUCUCUAACCGCGAUUUGUCAGGGUCUCGUGAAGACGUCGAUGUGGAUGAGGACGAUGAAGAAGACAGUCAUUUCACUGGUGGUGGCUAUGGUCUCGUCGGCCAUGGUUUGCUCACAGAUCCGGAGCGCGCCAGAGCCUAUGAGCGCAAUCUACAUCAGCAGCAUCCAAUCCGCCGCGGCUUGAGUCCGAUCCAGAGUGUAGCUAGUUACGCGACCACAGAGCCUACACGAAACUCACUUAUCCAAGCGCGGAGCCGCGAAACACUGUCCUCGCCGAACAAAGAUGUAGGACGUGUAGACGACAUCUCGGAGGUGUCCUACUCCGAGAUCCUACAGCCGUACAAGGAGGAAUCGACGUCAGUGACCAGAGACGUUGGGGGCCUAGACUCGCUCGAAGAUGCGAAUCGCGACUCUUUUGCUAGCAGCGACGCUAGAGUCUCGCAGGCUCGAUCCAUCCGAACAGAUGACAGCAUCGACUCUCCUUACAUCGACAAGGUAACAGCAGGUCAACAAGUUGGCUACGGCUUUGCUGCUAACCCAGAAUUCAUUAACGGCUCCGAAGGUCCAGAGUCAGCUGUCGCAUCUCUCGUCGAAGCGUCUGUGCUAGAGUCAAGAGCAGGUUAUUCGCCGACAACAAGCUACAAGGGAUCUCCCGAGUUGCGUGGCGUGAUGACCCCCGGCACUGGCAGACGAAGCGGCAGUCCUUUGAGACAUGAACACGAUGUCACAGCACACAGCGAUCCGAGAGAUGUUACACGUGGCAUUGUGCCGCCAGUCGUCUUUGCGCAAUCGCAUCCGAGAAGCUCUGAAAAAGUUGCAGUCAUCCCAGUCAAGACGUCCCUGCCCGCAGAAGCCACCAACGGUGAGGCUCAAGAUGCAACUUCUCCAGAGUCCGAGAUCACAACGAAUCCGUCUGUCAUUCAGGGACCAAUGGGCUAUACCCCAGGCGACACCAGUCACUGGCCAUAUGGUCCCACACCUCCUCCCAUAGAGUCGCCUCUGGCUCCAGGAACGGGCCGUUCACUUGGCGUUACUGCUCCUGAACUCGUGCCUGAGCCUCUGUCAAUGAGCCAUGGCCCCGAACAGAAGCGUGAUGUUUACAUCAAUCGAGCCAUGGAAAUGACACCGCCAGGUGCUAAAGACGAAGGCUACGAGACAGGCGCAAACGCUCCCUCGCCUGCGAUCAUUCCUGGCAAGCAGCAACUCGUGCCGAAAGGUCUGCCAUUUUCGCAAGAACUCGCCUACGAGGAUGAUGCGCUCGACAAUGAUCCCUUCACGUCCCAGAAGCGCGAUCAAUAUGCUAGUGGACUCUCGCACGGCAUGUCACCGCUAUACGAUAACGCUACAGGUCGUGCUACUGACCGGAUAUAUGACAAGGAUAUCAGAGCUCUGAUGGAUCACUUGACCGUCAGAGAUGCUCAGCGAAAUGCCCGAGACACGGAAAUCUUGAUCACAUUGGUUCGCACGGCAGCUGAAAUGCGCAACUCCUUCGAAGAUAUGAAGAAUCUAAUGGCUGAACAAGGAGAAAACAUGCUCGAGGAGAACUCAAAGCAGCAUCAGCAGACACAAAAGGCGAUUGGUGGUCCACGGCCUCAGCCUGCAUCGGCGCGAGUCACUCGAACACCGACGCUGGAUGAAGAAGAGCUUUCCACCAAGCGGCGAAGCGUGUUCCGGCGAGUAAUGGGCUUGGGCAAUAAGAAUACUCAAGAGCUGCAAAACAUCGAAUCAAUGCUUGUUCAACUGCUUGACGGCUUUGAGGAUAUGCGAGCUCAACAGAACGGUCACGUGGUUGAGCCACGCCUGACAAGCAUUCACUCUGCUGAUAACGCAAGAGCACCUACGGACACUGGGUAUGAACCAGAAGGACAGGCCGGGACGUCUUCAACCGGCGAUCGAUCUGGUAUGCACUCCAACAACUCGUCCCGCCAAGCAGACUACAGAGGCUAUAAUAUCCGCCAUGAACCCGGCAACCGAGUCAGCACAGUCAUGGAGCGUGAGGAAGAGUAUGACUACGACGAUGCCUAUGCGGAGGAUCAGCAGAGAACACCGCUUGCGGCCAAGUUCACCCGAGGCGCGUCUGAGCCGGUACAUACCCCACCAACCAUGCACGAUGCGAAACAGGGCACGCUGAGUAACGAGCAUACUCCACGCUUCUCGAACGACACAUCUUCGGGACGUAAGCACAAGUCUUUUGCCUCGUCGUUGCUGCCUAAGAUGGUGUCAAGAUGGUCGAAGACGACAGCCUCUUCUGGGGAUUACCGUGCGAGUACCCUUCAAAAGCCACGUUCAUACUCUCAAGUCUCUCAGUCCGGCUCAAACGUUGGAGGCUAUGACUACGACCCGGCUGGCGAGGACGCUCUCCUAACCAGCGAUGAGCGCUACCGCACUCAAGAGAACAGACCGCCGUCGCCGCUGAUCCCAAGUCAGGUGUCCGACAGUAGCCCCAAGUAUCAAGGCUUCCGCAACAGCGUCAAUCUUCAGCACCCUCAGCCACGCGCUGGUCCGACUGAGCGCUAUCAGAAUCAUCUCAAUUCAGUAGCCCAGUACUACGACAAUAACGAUCCAAUCUCGCCGGGGUCCGUGUCGUCUUCGCAAUGGGAAGCACAGGCUGCUAUGACAGGAAUGCCUGGCGCAGAUCUUCACCAGGGGUACCAACAUGGCGGACAGCUCAGUCCAAUUUUCGACGACGGUACCAGUCAGCGAUCGAGCAGACAAGGACCACCUCGUCCACCGAAAGAGCCUCAGGACGACCCUCUUGUACCUCCUCGACCUCCAAAGGUCGUUAUGAGCCUCCAAGUGGGAGCCGACAGCCGACUUAUGUCGAUCAUGUCGCCGCUGCGCGAGCUGGCAGUCCGGCUUUCGAUAAGUUGCGGCUAUCAGGAACUCACCUGGUCAGGCACGGAAGCCAUCUGGUCCUCGACCACUGUCUACGUCAGGACAGUAUACCAGCAAGAGCUACAACGGAGAUAUCAACUCCGUUAA